CUGUAGCAGGAAGAUGGCGGACACAAUGAGCAGGAGCCGCCUCUCCGCAGCCUGAGCCGGCCCCGCCUGAGGGCGCUGCCCGCCCGCCCGCGCCGAAGCCGCCUGCCCCAGUCUCGCGUGCUCCAGGCCCCCGCCCGCCUCCCCUUCGCCGCCGCUUCCCGGGCCUCAGGCCGCCGCCCGGCUCCCUCGCUCCCCGGCGUCCUCCGUGCCCGGCUCCCGCUGGGCCCCGGCCCGGCUCCCUCAGGCCCCGCUCGCGCCCGCCGCCCCUCCCCCGCGGCAUGAAGCUAACGGACAACGUGCUGCGGAGCUUCCGCGUGGCCAAGGUCUUCCGCGAGAACUCGGACAAGAUCAACUGCUUCGACUUCAGCCCCAACGGCGAGACCGUCAUCUCCAGCAGCGACGACGACUCCAUUGUGCUCUACGACUGCCAGGAGGGCAAACCAAAGAGAACGCUGUACAGUAAAAAGUAUGGAGUGGACCUAAUCAGAUACACACAUGCUGCCAACACUGUGGUGUAUAGCUCCAACAAAAUAGAUGAUACAAUCCGUUAUCUCUCCCUACAUGAUAAUAAAUACAUCCGAUAUUUUCCAGGGCACAGCAAGAGAGUAGUUGCUCUGUCUAUGUCUCCAGUGGAUGAUACAUUUAUUUCUGGAUCACUUGAUAAAACUAUCCGACUUUGGGAUCUCCGGUCUCCAAAUUGCCAGGGUUUAAUGCAUCUUCAGGGAAAGCCUGUAUGCUCCUUUGACCCAGAGGGGCUCAUCUUUGCUGCUGGGGUCAAUUCUGAAAUGGUGAAGUUGUAUGAUCUUCGCUCUUUUGACAAGGGUCCAUUUGCUACAUUCAAGAUGCAGUAUGAUCGAACCUGUGAGUGGACAGGCUUGAAGUUCAGUAAUGACGGGAAGCUCAUCCUCAUAUCAACCAAUGGAGGGUUCCUUCGACUGAUCGAUGCAUUUAAGGGAGCUGUACUGCAUACGUUUGGGGGUUAUAACAACAGUAAAGCUGUAACUUUGGAAGCAUCAUUCACACCAGAUUCCCAGUUCAUAAUGAUUGGUUCAGAGGAUGGAAAAAUCCAUGUUUGGAAUGGGGAGAGUGGAAUGAAGGUGGCUGUAUUGGAUGGGAAACACACAGGUCCUAUAACCUGUCUGCAAUUCAAUCCCAAAUUCAUGACCUUUGCCAGUGCAUGUUCCAACAUGGCCUUUUGGUUGCCAACCAUAGAUGACUAAUUCUGAAACAACUGUGACUGGUGGGUGGUUUCCAUGCUGUUAAUAGCAGCGUAUUCUUGCGAAGAAGUGUUGGAGCUGCCUACUUCUCCUGGACAGUGUUGUCAUCCAUCAUACCCGUGUACGUUUCUGUAUGUCUUUUAUUUGCUGCAUUCCUCCAGAAUGACUCCUUCAUUUGACCUCUGAGAGCCUGAUCCUCCUGCACCCAGAAACUGGGUGCAACACAUUCCUACUUUCCAGUCAAAGCCCAGUAGGUUCCAGCAGAGUUUGUGACUGGCACAGUGUUACUUUUGAGAUGCUGGCAGAGGAAUAAUGGAAAGUUUGAUUUUUUUUUUUAAAGUUUGCUGAGGUCUCUAAGGUGUAAUUGUGGUUUGUUCUUACUGUAAACACACAAGGCUAUAAACAAACUGGGGUGGCUGAGUGGGACAGGCAAGUCUGUGUCACACCUGCAUAUUUAUCACACCUGGCAUCUCUACAGUCACUGAAUUUUACAAAUACAAACUUCAUUUGUGCCAAAUACAAGCAGACUGGUGGUUUUUAACCCAGAUGUCGGAUGCAGAGGGAUUUCUUUUGCUACUGAACAUGGGCCAAGUGAGAGCAUGGCUGCAUUUUUGCAUCAUGGCGUCUGUCAUCGAUUUCUGGUGUCUGGCAGACCAGACAGGUUUUGCCUGCUGCCAGAGAAAGCUUGAAGCAGCCUCCGUGCCAUUCAUCAUCCCAACAUCCAAGGCACAUAGAGAACUGAAGCCGUCUG